CCGAACUUGUCAACGGCGGCGGACAAUGUCGGCGACGGAGCUGCGGGAUGCGUACAAGGCGCUCAAGUUCCUCCAGGAAGCCCUUGCCAAGAGUAAAGAAGAGGUGGCUAUUUGUCGCUCCCAGCUCAAGCAUCAAGAAGACCAGCACUUGCUGGAUUUGCAGACGCUACAGGCGGAAUUGAAUCAAGCUCGUUCACAGGUGCUGCAGCCUCCCGCCGCGUGUCAGCACCAUGGUCAAGGACUCGAAGCCCUUCAACGUCAGUACACGAAUGAACUAAAGAAACUCCGUGACGAACUCGACAAUGCCAUCCAAUAUCGUCAACGUGCAGAGGACGAUGCACGCAAUCGCACAAUCGAGCUUAGGGCUGAAAAACACAAGACCGCAGCGCUGCAGGCUCAAUUUCACACGCUUGAAGCGUCUAUAAGCGACAUGCAAGCUCGUCUGAGUGAAAGCACCGUCGAGAAGGCGUCGUCGGACGCACGUUUUGCAGAAGCUGUUGCCUUCUCGAAAACCCAAGUCGACAAACUGAGGUCCGUUGAGGCGACGCUAUGCAAAGCAAAGGAAACCGAAAGAAAAGUUCAAGACGAAAUACGCAAGAAUGAAGCGCUAGUGGCUCAGCUUCACUCACUCGAGACCUCCAUGCACUCGCUUCAAACCCAAUUGGAUGAAUCCACCACCGCUAACGCAUCCUUGGAGGCCCGCGUGGUAGAACUCAUUUCUCUGUCUAAUAGCCAAGACGCCAAGGUUCGAUCUCUGGAGGCCACGCUUGCCCGGACAGUGGAGGCUCUUGCAUCUUCACAGGAGGCGUGUGCAGCCUUGGCGAAAGAAAAGCGGCGCAUCGAGGAGGACGUCGUGGUUGCACGGCUACUCAAAGUCGAAGAACUCGAUGUUCUAGCCGUCCACAAGAGCGAGACUCCCGAUGCAGAAAGUGUAGUCCCAAGCUCUGUGACGGUGACUACCCAGCAGCUCGCUGAGUGGAGAGCUAAGUUGCGAGAUCUGAGGACGGAGUUGCGUUCGAUCCGUAUCGAUGUCAAGGCAAUGAAAUCACUCCGAGCACCGAUACUGACGAUGGAAUAUUUCCAAGCAUACGCUUCAAAGCCAUCAAACGCGACUCAAGAACGACUUAGCGUGUUGUCAUCAAAAUUAGGGGAUGUGCGUCACGAAUGGCAUGAGCUCAAGGCCUUAUGGACCGCAUACUCCGCGGACACGAUGGGAUUCCUGACGGAUGGGCUAAUGACCUUGGUAUUGGAACGAUCGGGCCGUGAAGCGCAAGCCCAAAUGCGACGAAUACACAUUUCGAGCCAGCUAAACGAACUGCGAGCACUACGGACAGAGCAGCGUCAGCUGGCGAAGACGUGGCAACGUGAGGUCAAAGUGCAAAUGGACGAGGUGAUGGCGGCCGCGAACAAACAAAUUCGUAUUGCGUCCCGUCAUGGCGAAGGCGUCGAACGCCAAUUGAUGGCGAGUGAGGACACGACGUCGCCGUUCUUUCGGAGGACAGCGCCGUCGGAAGCCAUUUCGUGGGCCACCCUCGAGCGCCGACUGAGCGAGAUGAAAACACCGUUUCAUCGCGUGCUGCAGUCGCUUGACCAAGCCAACUACGCGCUCAAGCUCAUGGUGAUGACGAAGACGAUAUCGAACGGCUUGCGCUCUCAACACCUGAUUGAAGUAGAUCCGAAACACAGACGCGUUGGCGUCGUUGGGCUCUGGUCCGAUGCAAUCUCGUGUCGUCGAGUUUGCACGAUUCAUUGCAUCGUUCUUGACAGCUAUCGACGACGCCACGGUUGAACGUGCGGUGGCCACCCAUUCCAACUCCAUCCACGACCUCUUGUACACGUGGCAGCCGUGCGACCCAAUAUUCCUCGACGCGAUACCCGUCCCUCCAUUCGGGAUCGAGUCGCCGGAAGUGGAUCACAUUUUAUCGUCGUGGACGUCAGAUCUCGCGGCACGGGCGUCUGCUGCGCGGUGGUUGUCUGCUGUCGCGUUGAACCACCCCACGAACGAGUCGAGUUUUCGAUUUGCGAGUCUCACGCGGGAGGUCAAAGACGCAGUCCUGGUGCUCCUUGUGCCGCUGAUCAAAUCCAAGCGCCCUGUGCACGUCCGCCUCAGACGCCAAUCCACAACAGAUGCCAAGUGGGAUAUUGCGAUUGAUACCGUGGCCGUGACAAGCCCCAAACAAACGCAGCCACAGUCCGCCAUGUUUAAAGCUAUCCAGCGCCGGUUGACUGAACUGCAAAAAUAAAUUUGUGUACGAACGACAUGUG